AUGGAACAAAGAAACAAUGUCUUCCAAGCAAAAUAUAACGAAUAUAAGCAAAUKUUAGAGGAGUUGCAAGCGAAGAUUAUAGAGUUGGGUCAUGACAAAGAUGAGCAUGAUAUUGUCCUUAAAACAUUGGAGGAUACUGAACCAAGAAGGAAAUGUUACAGGAUGAUAGGUGGUGCACUUGUGGAAAGUGAUGUUCAAACAAGUUUACCUAUCCUCAAAACCAAGAAGGAAAAUUUAGAAGGUACAAUCAGUAAGAUGAAAGAAACCUUAAUACAAACUGCACAAGAGUUUGAAAAAUGGAAAAAAGAUAACAAAAUUCAAGUUGUCAAAAACUAA